AUGAAGGUGCAGUUUAAGACUCUGACGAAUCAAAAGUUUGAUCUGGAGCUGGACGAAGGCGCCGACGUCGCGACGGUGAAGGCUGAGGUGCGCAAAGCGCAGGGUUACGGUGAUGAGGCGAUCGUUUUGGUGCACAAGGGGAGCGUGCUGAAGGAUGAGGCGACGAUCGCGUCGGCGGGGGUGACGGAAGAAUCGUUCGUUGUGGUAAUGGUGCAAAAGCCGAAGGCGGCGGCGAAGCCCAAGGCGGCGGCGGCGAAGCCGCCGACGCCGACGCCCGCGGCGGCGGCCCCGGAAGCGGCGGCACCGGUUGCGGCGGCGACGCCAGAGUCGAGCGCGCCGACGCCCGCGGCUGCGACCGCGGUGCCGGCGGCGGCGGGGGGCGAUUCGGGGCUCGUCUCGGGCGCCGAGUUAGAAGCCGCCGUGACGCAAAUCAUGACCAUGGGAUUCGAGCGAGAGCAAGUCAUGAAUGCUAUGCGAGCGGCGUUUAACAACCCCGAUAGAGCGGUGGAGUACCUCCUGACUGGGAUUCCCGAGACGUCGCAGGCGCCGCCGGCCGCGGCGGCGCCCGCGGCCGAUGCGCCAGACGCGUCCGCGGCUUUGGGCGGAAACGCGUUGAAUUUGUUCCCGGAGGGAAUCCCCGACAUGGCCGGCGACCGCUCUGGCGACGGCCAAAUGUUGGAUUUCCUUCGAGACAACCCGCAGUUUCAAGCGAUCCGAGCCAUGGUGCAAGGUCAACCACACAUUCUUCAGCCGAUGCUCGCCGAGUUGCAGCGACAAAAUCCGCAACUCUACCACUUGAUCAACAACAAUCAAGAGGAAUUUUUGGCUCUGCUCAAUGAGCCGCUGCCAGAAAAUAUCCGAGAUCUCAUGGCCGAGGGCUUUGGCGACGGUGUUGCUCCGGAACUGCAAGGCGACGACGACGGCGCGCAGAUCGAGCUCUCUCAAGAAGAGCGCGAAACGAUCGAUCGUCUCGCCGGAUUAGGAUUCCCAUUAGAAAUUUGCGUCGAAGCGUACCUUGCGUGCGACAAGAACGAACAACUCGCGGCAAAUUAUUUGCUCAAUCUUUCCUUGGGAGGGAUGGAGUAA